CAGAGUCGAGCUGACCCUUCUGGCUUGAGCGCAUCUCCUCCUCCUGCAGCUUCCCACCCGGUUCUUAGAGGGCUCCUUCGUUGCUGCUGCUGCUCCAAUCCUCCCGAUGCGCCUGGCGGAGAUGAUCAAGAAAAUGGGUCCCUGCGAGGUGGAGUUGAACAUCCCGCCCAAGAACUGCUACCGGAUGGUGGUGCUGGGCUCGUCCAAGGUGGGCAAGACGGCCAUCGUCUCCCGCUUCCUCAGCGGCCACUUCGAGGACCAGUACACGCCCACCAUCGAGGACUUCCACCGCAAACUCUACAGCAUCCGCGGGGAGGUCUACCAGCUGGAUAUCCUGGACACGUCGGGAAAUCAUCCCUUCCCGGCCAUGCGGCGCCUCUCCAUCCUCACCGGAGACGUUUUUAUCCUCGUCUUCAGCCUGGACAACCGGGACUCCUUCGAGGAAGUCCAGCGUCUGAAGCAGCAGAUUCUGGAAACCAAAUCUUGCCUGAAAAACAAGACCAAGGAGAACAUUGAGGUUCCUCUGGUCAUCUGCGGGAACAAAGGCGACCGGGACUUUUACCGGGAGGUUGAAUCCCGAGAGAUCGAGCAGCUGUUGGGCCAGGACUCCAAAAAGUGUCCCUAUUUCGAGAUCUCCGCCAAGAAGAACAGCAGCCUGGAUGAGAUGUUCCAGGCGCUCUUCACCAUGGCCAAGCUGCCCAACGAAAUGAGCCCAGAUUUGCACCGCAAAGUCUCCGUGCAGUAUUGUGACCUUCUGCACAAGAAGACCCUCAAGGGGAAAAAGCUCCUGAAGGACUCCUCUGGAGACGGGACUGGGGAAGCCUACGGCAUCGUGGCCCCCUUUGCUCGCCGGCCCAGCGUCCACAGCGACCUCAUGUACAUCCGGGAGAAAGCCAUCCGAGGCAGUCAAGCCAAGGACAAAGAACGCUGCGUGAUCAGCUAAGGCUUCCCUCUCUGGCCUUUCAACCAAGAAGGUUCUUUGGUAUCCAAACUCUGCCAGCCCAUCUGGGGGGCACGCAAGCCUCGGGCUGGACAUGUGGGACACAGGGUGCCUCCUCAGCUCUCCGCGGGGAGCUUUCUGCCAUCGGCUCCCCGAGAUUAUUUUCCUCUUAGCAAGAGUUGGAGGUGAGGCCGGACCUGAGACUGGAGAAGGGACAUUGCAGACUCCGUGGUGGGAAAGGAGGCCACUCAAGUCUGCGUCUGUGGUCACAAAGACUGGGGGGGGGGAAGGGGAGGGGGGAUUUGGUGGAGUGGGCAGCUGAACUCCCCAACUUUCUCAUGGCUGUGUCUGUGAUGCUUUUUGUGUGGUGCCUCUGAGCGUGUUGAAACGUUUCAUUUGCUGCUGCUGCUGAAAAUUAUCCACGGCUUCUCCCCUUCCCCUUCACCCCGCACUUUUUGUGGGAGACGGCAGGGAAGCUGUUGGAAAAGUGAUCCUGUUUACACCCCUUCCCCCUUUUUUCCCUGGGACGUUGUUGACAAACAAACCGACCAACAACCACAUUGCAUUAAAGCCAACAGGCACUUUACACACACAUGUAGAAUGAUCAGGUUAAUUGUCAAUAUUGAUGUUUUUGCUCUGACAAUGUUUGACACUGGUUUUUUGUUAUAUUGGGGGGGUUUUCUAUGAAAUAAAACUUUUGAAAAGAAAAAAAA